UUGGCCAAGAGAGAUUCUCGCAGAUUCAAACUUUCUUCUGAUUGGUUGCUCGUGCCAACCUGUUGUGCAGCCUUCUUAUCGAAGCACACACUCUGCAAGAUCUCUUUUUCUUUUCUCAGAAACGGAUCUGCCCGCUACAUUAUCAAUACGAGCCGAAGCUUAGUUGUUUCCCACGUCACUGCAGCUGAGAAUAUAUGCAGAGUCUUUAUUCGCUGACUGAUGAAAGGCAGUCGGCUGAAGUUUGGACGCGCAGAGCAGCUCUGAGUUGAAGAUGCAGACCUCAAAGAACUUUCGCUUGGAUGAUUUUAUCGCAGGAUGGAUCGGCGGAGCUUCCAGUGUGGUUGUGGGCCAUCCACUGGACACAGUGAAGACGCGGCUCCAGGCCGGGAAAGGCUACAAGAACACUCUGCACUGCGUCCUCACCAUCUACAGGAAGGAAACGGUCAUGGGGUUCUUUAAAGGCAUGUCUUUUCCGCUGGCCAGUAUCACAUUCUACAACUCAGUGGUGUUUGGCUUUUUCAAUAACACACAGAGACUUAUAAGCAAGUGUCGCUAUGGUGACGUGCGGCAUCCCUGCAGCAUGCUGGACCUGACUGUGGCCAGCAUGCUGACUGGACUGGUGUCAGUGGGCCUGGGAGCCCCGGUGGAUCUGGUCAAGAUCAGACUGCAAAUGCAGACGCAGACGGUUCUGGCAGAGAACUUGCACCUUGCCGGCAAUGUAUCGAAUGGCACCAACAUCCCUCUGCGCUCUGUCGACAUCCCCAACCAGAGACUCUACCGAGGUCCCAUCCACUGCAUCAGCAGCAUCCUGCAGACCGAGGGCCUGCAGGGCCUGUACAGGGGGGCCGGGGCCAUGAUCCUGAGGGACGUUCCUGGAUACAUGCUCUACUUCAUCCCUUACACCAUGUUCUGCGACCUGCUGAAGCCAGACGCCACAUCAAGCCCUCAUCCUUGUUCCAUCUGGCUGGCUGGAGGACUAGCAGGGUCCAUUUCCUGGGUCACGGCCACGCCAGCGGAUGUGGUGAAGAGUCGAAUGCAGGCCGACGCUCAGCUGCAGAGGAAGUACAGGGGAAUAUUACACUGCAUCAUCCACAGCUACAAAACAGAGGGAGCUCAGGUUUUCGUCCGUGGAGCGUCAGUCAACGCCAUUCGAGGCUUCCCGAUGAGCGCCACCAUGUUCCUGACCUACGAACUCUCCCUACAGUUCUUCAGGGGUCUCUAAAACAAAGGAAACAUGUUGGUGGUAAAAGGAAUCACACUCACUUUCUUUGGCAAAUGAGCACACGGCAAACAGUUUAUUUGAGACAAGACAUUGGUAGCAGUUUAUAGUAGCUACGAGUCAGCUGCUUUUGAGCUGAUGCUAACUUACAUUGAACACACCAGAACCUUUGAAUGCUUCGCUAUGUGAUGAAAUAUUUUAGCUCUGAGAUAUACACACUGACCUUCUUGUCACACAACAAUUGCUUGAUCAGUUAUGUUUUAAACUAGUACUUUUUUUUGGGAGGAUGUCCUGUUAAAUAAUAAGAAUUAGGAUACCAAAGUCAUCCAUGUGUUUGUUCCUGGACAGAGCCUCCGCUGCAGUGCUGCGCACUUAUCUAGUGUGUUAAGGUACUGCAGGUUUAAUGCUAAAACUUCAGAUAGUUGACAUCUGCAACAACAGAAGUCUACAGAAAGAGGGGGAUUUGAGUCCUAGACUGGACUCAAACCAGGUGUGUCUCAUUAACUGUGGUCUCAGACUGCAGGAUGCCCCUUUCAUAGCAUGUUUAAUGCUAACAUCUUACCAAUCGCUGCUUUGUGACAGUUAAUUUAACCAUGUGCUGAGAGAUGGUUGCUAACUAGCAUUAAAUCAGACGUGAGAAAACAGAAUAUUUAAUUUCAUUGUCUGUGAUUUUGCUAUCAUAAGACAAUAUUUCUCUGUACUUGAAUUUGUACAUGUACAGCUAAUUUUAAAAGACAUGAAGUCCUGGAUAGAAACUAUACCUGCCCCUCUAGUAUCUCUGGGUGUUUGAUUAUUAAAACAACUGAAUGAGAUCUAUAAAGUAACGUUAAUGGUGGUGCCUGCAGCAUAAGCAUCUUCUGUUAGUUGUAAUAUAACAGUAGUUGCCAAAUAAAUCCUGGCAUAGCUUUCUUAUGCUAAUAUUUUAGCAUUUGCUAACAGGAGACAUAUAGAUGAUUUUGGUUUCAACGUUCUCAUUAUUUAAUGGAUGAGUCGAGUAUUUCUGAUGCAAAUUUACCAAGAACUCUGUGUGUUCCUCUCAAGGUAGUUUUGGGGAAAUCCGGUUGUCAGUUUGGGAUCAGUCUGUCCUGUAACACAAAUAAUGAUAAUUUCCACGAGUUUUGUUAAAAGUAAAGUUCUGUGUAACCCUGAGACAAAGAAGUACAUGAUAAUACUGUGGUGUUACACAGUAUCAAACAGUUAGAACUGAUUUUCAGGUCGAAAGCGCUCUAGACAUUUAGGUUAAAACCAGAAAGGUGGAUGUUUUUUGGUUAGGUUAUACACAACCAUUAUUUUAACAUGUAAUAUGGACCCUCCUCCACACCUUUUUUAAAUAUAGACAUUUAAAUUCUUCAAUUCAAUACAAUUAUAUUUAUCCAUGUAAUGGAAACUGCAAAAGUUUUAACCAAAUUUGGCUUUGUUUUAACUGAGACGUCUUGUGACCUGAAAAUCACCAAAUCAAUGCUUUUGGUCAUCAUGUGGUCUUUGUAGAGUCAUUUAUCAGUAAGAAGGGAGCUGAAUGCUUUUAUAAAGGAUGUGGACUUUUCAAUACAACUGAGUCUAAAUGUUACAUUUUUAUUGCUUUCAGUCUCAGUCAGCUUUCAGCAUUGAUUUUGUUGUUUCAGAUUUGUUUUUAUUUAGUUUGUUUGUUUGAUCAUGAUCAAAAUGAGCAAAUUUAAAUGAUUUGACAUUACACACAAUACGUGCGUUGACACAUUUCACUUUUAGGCUUUUUUUUUUUUUUUUUAAACAAAUUCAAAAUUAGGUGAGUUUGCACUGCUCAUAUGUUGUAUUGAAAAGUAUUGAGGUGUUGAAAGUGACACAUUCAUGACUAACAUGAAUUGUUCCAUGCACAUGGACUGUAUGUGCAUUUCAUGUUACUGUCCGCUUGUACAUUUGUGUGUUUCUUAUAUUAAGAAAAGUUAAUUUUAACUUCACGUUAAUCUUCUUCCUAUAAUACAUGAAUUGAAUUAAUGCAGCAUAAAUGUAGAAUCAUUAUCAGUUACAUUUACAGCUAAUGAUGCACAAAAGAAGUUUUAUUCUGAAAUGAGAUAACCCGAGACAUCUUCUGUGAAAAAAUCAUUACUUUUAACACAUUUUUCAUUAACAUUUAAACUAUGUUCAGACUUGCCUGGGCCAGAAAGUUGUGGGUUUUAAGAUGUAAACCAACAUUUUCUUCACAAAAUGUAUAUUUCUCAUUUUGGAGUGAAUAUAUAUAUAUAUAUAUAUAUAUAUAUAUAU